AUGUCUAUCAAACUACAAGAGUCCAUUGACUUGGACUUGAAACAAGAUGAGGAUUUCGAUAUCUUGGAUGAGUUCCUAGAUAAAAGAUUAUAUGAAGAUCAAAGUCAACAACAACAAGUACAACAAGUACCACCACAACAAGUACCACAAGGUCAAGCUCCUCAUGAUGAUGAACUAUUUCAAAGCUUCUUAACUGACGAUCUAAACAAGAAUGAUUUCUUAUAUUUCAAUCAAUCAAAUGAUAAUACUAAUAACAAUGAUAAUAACUAUGGAAUAAAUGCAACUACACCAAAUUCAAUUGAUUUAACAAGUCCUGAUACUUCCAAAAAUGAAAUUUAUACAACUCCAAUAUCAAUAAAUGAAAUACCACAACCACAUAAUUCCAUGUUCCAACAAUCAAAAGAUAUCCUUUCAAAUUUAAAAUUUGGUAAAGAUAUUCCAACAAAAUUUAAUAAUCAAUUACCACAAGAAUAUUUAGAUAUUGAUUCAAAUUCUUUACCUUAUAAGAUGAACAUCAAGAACUUACCAAAUUAUUCACGUGUUGAAACUCAAAUUAAAAUUGAAUUAUCAGUUUCUCCUCCACCACCACAAUUUCUUGUGCAUUUACCUUCAGAUACAAUUGCCAAACAAAAAUUAUGUUUAAAAAAUGAUGAAUUACCUGAAGAUCUUAAACAAAAUAUUUUAUUCUUAGAUACUUUUGUCUUGACAAGUUCAAAUUCAAAAUCUUGUAAUAUUUGUCCAAGAUGUAUCAAAAGAGAACAAAAAAGAGCAUCAAGAAGAAAAUCUGGUAUAAGUGAUAAUUUAAAUUGGGGAACAAAUACUUCCAAGCGUGCAAUCAUUUUCAAUUGUAAAGAAAUCAUAUCAUUCCCACAACCAUCAUCAUCAAGUACAACUUCAAAAGAUUUGGAUAUCUCUGCAAGAUUAGUUUGUUAUUGUAGACAUCAUCAAGAAUCAAAAGGUUUUAAAUUAUUAUUUAUAUUAAAAAAUUCAAAAGAUGAAAUUUUAGCAAAACAUGUAUCAACUCCAAUAAUGAUUAUGGAUAGAAAGAAAACCCUAGAUGAUUCAAAUGAUCAAUCAAAUAAUAAUUCUCAUAUUUCUCAACCAUUAUCACCAACUUCAAUUGAAGAAGAUAGUUCAGAACCUCAUACAACUGAUUCAAGAAUUUUUAAAAGAAAGAAAACUUGGUCUCCAGAAUUAUCUGAUGGGUUAAACAUCAUCCCCUCUAGGAAACCAUCAACUUUAUUUAAUGGUUAUAAUUCAUCUUCAUCAAUUAAAAAAGAAUCAAUUGAUCCAAUUUCUCCAUCAAAUAACUUACAACAAAUUUCAACUAUAAACACAACAUUACCUUCAAUUCAAAGAAUUAUUCCAUCCCAGGGUCCUCUGAGAGGUGGUGUUGAAAUCACAUUAUUAGGUUCAAAUUUUAGACAAGGCUUGACAGUUAAAUUUGGUAAUAAUAAAGCAUUAUCAACUCAAUGUUGGAGUGAUUCUACUAUAGUUACAUAUUUACCUCCUGCUGCUGUCCCGGGACAAGUUAUUGUUUCAUUUGAAGAGAAUGAAAAUGAAGAUGGUUCAUCAAACUUUGAUAUGAUUAAUACUUCGGUUUUCACAUAUCUUGAUGAUAGUGAUCGACAAUUAAUUGAAUUGGCAUUACAAAUUGUUGGAUUAAAAAUGAAUGGGAAAUUAGAAGAUGCAAGAAAUAUAGCAAGAAAAAUCAUUGGUUCUGAUGAAGGUAAUAAUAACAACAAUAGUACCAAUAAUAAUAUUAAUAUAAAUUCAAUGAAUUUAUCUUCAUUAAAUGAUGAAGAAUUAGUAUUAAAAGUUAUUAAUCAUUUGCCAAAUAAUCCAAAUUGGUCAUUAUGUACCCAAGAAGGUCAAACUUUAUUACAUUUAUCAUGUUUAAAAAAAUAUACUCUUUUAGUUUCAUUAUUAUUGAAAAAAGGUGCCCGUGUUGAUUCUAGGGAUAUUAAUGGAUUUACUCCCCUGCAUAUGGCUAGUUUAAGUGGUGAUAAAUCUUCGGUGGAGAUGUUGAUUAAAUUUAAAGCUAAUUUGAUGGCAAGAUCUAAUAAUGGUUUAGUUCCAAAAGAUUUAGCUCAGGGAGGUGUUAAAGAACUGUUUAAUGAUGAUGAUUUAGUUGAUCAUCAAAGAAAAUUUUCAAAUUCUUCAAAUAAUUCAUCAAUUUUUUCUAUUGAUGAAUUUGAUUUAAAUUUAAAUUUUUCAAAUGGUGCUCAUAUUUCAAGAUUAAUUAAUGAUCAAUUAACUGAUGAUUGUUUAGAAAGUGAUGAUGAUGAAGAAGAAGAAAGUGUUGAAUUAGAAGAAAUUGAUUCAGAAUCUUGGGGUGAAGUUGGAUCAGGUGAAGAUGCUGAUUUUGAAGAUGAUGAUGAUGAAGAAGAGGAAGAGAUUUAUCCAACUCCUAUAACAACACCGACUACUAUUCCACCUUCAACUAAUGAUAUAACUACAACUUCAAAUGAAUUAACUGGAAAUAAUUUAAUUACAAGACAAUCUGAUGGUUCAUUAUGGAAUAAAGUUAAAAAUGUUUUCCAAAAUUCUUCAGAUGUUGAAGAUUUACCAAAAUAUGAUGAUUUAUAUCCAUCCACUUCAAACAAAACUCCAAAAACCAAUUCCUUAUUACCAAAAUUAAGAUUUUCAACAACAAGAACAGAAUCAACAAGAUCAGAUACAUCAUCAUCAGAUGAAAAUGAUGAUUUCCUAAAUAAAUUUUUCCAACAACGUAAAAAUGUUCAAAAUGAUAAAAUGUUAAUAUUUUUUUGGUUACCUUUAUUAAUUUUAAUAAUGUCAUUUUUUAUAUUGAUUAAUUCAGGUUAUGAAUUUCAAUGGAAUGAAAAAUUUCAAGAAUUUAUUAGAACAGGUUUGGGGAAAAUCAUGUUGGGUAAUGAAAGGGUUAAAGUUUUGUUUAAUGAACAUUUUAAUCAAGUUAAUGAAGUUGUUACUAGUGUUAUUAAUGUUAAUAAUUGA